CCCUGGCUGGUAUCACCCAUGAAAAGAAUAUUCCCUGGCUGGUAUCACCCUGGUGAAAAAAAUAUUCCCUGGCUGGUAUCACCCUGUGAAAAUAAUAUUCCUUUGUUGGUAUCACCCUGUGAAAAUAAUAUUCCCUGGCUGGUAUCACCCUGUGAAAAUAAUAUUCCCUGGCUGAUAUCACCCUGUGAAAAGAAUUUUCCCUUGCUGGCAUCACCCAUGAAAAGAAUAUUCCCUUGCUGGUGUCACCAGCAUCACCUAAAUAUUUCCUGGCAGGCAUUACCUAGUGAUAAGAAUAUUUCCUGGCAGGCAUUACCUAGUGAUAAGAAUAUUUCCUGGCAGGCAUCACCUUUUCCU